GAAAUUGAAUGAGAUUUGAGAGGUUACAAAUAGUUUUGUUUAGGUCUUCUUCUUCUUCUUCUUUUCCUCUUCUCCGUGGAUCUCUUUCUCUUCGUCUUCUUGCAAGGUUGGUACCCACUAGAACUUGAGUCUUAGAGACUCGAGUUCCACGUGGAAUAUUUAUCCACAUCACUAAAUCAGAAGUCUGGAACUUGAAUUUUUAAAACUCGAUUUGCUAUUGAACUCGAGAUUUUAAAACUCAAAAGGCUCUAGUUUUCCAUUUUCUUUCGCAGCUUGUCAAAUAACAAAAUUCUUCUAAUAAUAAAGUUAAAUGGAAAAAAAGAUCAACCUAAAACCUUAGAAACUAGAAAGCGUAUGAAGAAGCAGAGGAGAGAAAAACGAAACGCACACGCUGAAAAUCAGAGAGAUUGAAAGCAUGAAGAAGCAGAGGAGAGAAACGGAAGAGGAGGAGCACUCUGACAUUAUCAGCAGUCUACCAGACUGUAUGCUCGCCCAUAUCCUCUAUUUUCUCCCAACCAAACAGGCCAUUCUCACAAGCAUUUUGUCGAGCAGGUGGAGGGCUCUCUGGACUCUCGUCCCUGGUCUUCACUUGGACAAGCCCACACUUUAUAGUAUCAGAACUUCGACCUUGGAUGAUAUUUUAUUGCCCAGAAACCCCUCCACCCUUUGCAAGCUGCGCAUCGAUUGUCCUCGUCGAUCCUUCGUUGACAAAUGUGUCCAAGCCGCCAUCCUGUGUGGCGUGCAAGAGCUCGACCUUGUUCUCGACCUUCAUAAUCAAACUAAGGAGUUGCCCGGUAGUGUCUUCUUCUGUACAACAUUAGUGGUUUUGAAAUUGAGGGGCCACUUUCUUCUCAAUCCUCCUGAUUCUGCUUCUUCCUCUUCUUCAAUGUUCCCAAGUCUCAAGAUUCUACGAAUUUCACACGUUUACUAUGCGAACCACAACUCUCUCUCCACACUACUCGCCACCUGCCCGCUGCUCCAAGAUUUGAGGAUCAAAGUUGGUGACUCUGAUUUGGAUUUUUUGGACAAGGAAACAGACAAGAAGUUCAAUAUCCUUGUAUUCGUACCUACGCUGAAAAUAUUAGUUUUGGAUUGCUCUUUUUUACACUGGUCAUUCAAACUCCACAUAAACACCCCGGCUCUCGAGUACUUUAACUUCAAAGGCGAUUUGGACAGUGAUGUUGUUUCUGAAAAUCUCCCCAACUUGUUUAAAUCAGUCCUUGAUGUUCGUAAUUGUUAUCAUCUAGACUGGAUGUGGAAAUUGACAAGCUUCAUGGGACUACUCUGUAACAUUAGAUCCAUGGAAUUGUGGAUAGGAACAGCAGAGUACAUUCUCGAACACUCGUCGUCUAAUAAUCAUUAUGACGUUCCCAUGUUUCAUAAUUUGUCUUCCUUGAAGUUUUAUGGUGACUUGUGGGCUAUGUGGUCUCCGUGGAAUGCAGUAAAACUAUUGCUUUGUCGAGCUCCAAAGCUACAAACACUCACCUUUGAAUUGAAUUACCGGUGUUGCAUUCGUAGUUUUUCAGUUGACUUUCCCUUGAAGAAGCCAUUAGAUGUUCCUGAAUGUCUGUCAUCACACCUUACAACUUGUCAUUAUAAAGGAUUUUCAGGGCAUGUCAUGGAACUUGUUGAACAAAUCCUCAAGGAAUCAAAAGUAUUAAAGACAAUGAAAAUCACUUUCAACAGUGAUCUAGACUCAAAGGAGAAGCUUCGUAUUCACGAGGAGAUAAUGAAGUUCCCAAGGACAUCUCAAACUUGUCAAAUUGCAUUUGACUAAAGGCUUUCUGUGGUAGCUGAGAAAAUGCGAGAAAAUAAAAGAAGUGAAAAGUUUCAGCAUCAGAUGAGAAAGUACAAAAAAUUCAGGAAAUAUGGGUUAUGUUGAAUUCCAUUGGCCCCCUCUAGAUGAUUUCUUAGGAAAAUUACAGAUGAGAUAAGAGUGAUUGAAAGACAAGAAGAAAUUAAACCUGCAUGCUUCAUCCACUGCUUUAGCUUAAGGUUCAUGUUCUUGUUAACUUAUUUUCAUAGAUUUAAAUCGAAGUUUAUUCAUAAAUGGUGUUCGUUGUGCUUAAAAAAAUGUCAGCAUAAAGCUUGUAGUUGAAUCAUUAGAUAGCAACUAGCUUACUUUUCCUUUUAUUCACUGUGUGAUACACUCAUGUACAAAGAAUAUAGUUUAUGAUGAUAUUAAAGCAGAUGAUAUAUCUAAAUCCUGUCACUUAAUCUCUCAUUUAAAAAAGCUAAAUAUCUCACUUAUUUGGCCUUUUAAAUGAUUAAAUUCACCACCCAAAAGAAUAGUCUUGUAUUCAAAAAGCUUUGGACACUCUCCUUUCUUAAUAAUAAUAAUAAUAAUAAGAAUAAAAUACAAAAAAGAUAUAUCACAAUUUCUUCUUAGAUUGGAGUUAUUUCCUCCUACUCACUAUGUGGCAAAUUACAAGACUUUUUACUAUUAUUUAAACAACUCACAUGACUCAUUAAAAAAGUCCCAUGACUAAAUUUAUAUAUGAUAUCUCUUUAAUCGCCACACAAUGGGUUGGAAAAAGAUGAUUCCAAACCGGUUUGAAACUAAACUUUUUUUUUGAUAGAUAAUAAGAGUUUUAUUAAUGAAAAGGAACAAUGUGUUUAUGAUUGUAAACUCACUGCCCUUGAAACAAAUACAAUCAAAUCAAAAGGAAAGUCUAAUAGAGAUAAGGAAAUCAGACAAGGAACUACAAUGCGUAAGACCCCAAAUAUGAGACCACUCAAACAAAGUCCUAGCCAGCAAGUUCUUCAACAUAUCUAGGGGUCUUUCAAUGUCCUCAAAAGUUCGGGCAUUGCAUUCCUUCCAAACUAACCACAUAAGGCAUGCUGGUACCAUAUUCCAAACCUUUGAGGAGUGAGUUCCCAACCAAUUCCUCCAAGCAAAAAGAAGAGAAACAAUAGUAUCCGGCAUCACCCACUGAACCCCAAACAUAAUGAGGACCUCACUCCACAAAGCAGAUGCAAACUUACAAUGAAGCAAAGAGAGACAAUAGUAUCCGGCAUCUCCCACUGAACCCCAAACAUAAUGAGGACCUCACUCCACAAAGCAGAUGCAAACUUACAAUUAAGCAAAAGGUGAUCCACAAUUUCCUCAUCACACCUACAAAGACAACACCAAUUAAUAAGGGGCAAGUUCUUCUUAACAAGGUUAUCAAUUGUAAGAAUCCCACCCCUAGCAGCAGUCCAUAAAAAGAAAGAUACCCUUUUAGGUACCUUUACACACCAAAUGCUCUGCCAAGGGAAAGAAACAGAAGGGGCUUUCAAUAAAGCAAUAUAAAAGGAU